UGACGUGGAUGGAAAAGAGAAUCGAGCUGCGGACAUAAUCUGAGCAAUAUCGCGUACAGGGCAGGGGAAACGGGCUGACAUCUUCCCCUUGGACUGACUCUCGGGGAAUGUAGUAGCGGAUGCCUCUAGGGUGAGAUUAGUCAGAUUUACAGGACAGUUGGUUGAAUGUACCUGGUGUACAAUAGCAGCGAAGCUCACUGCGUUGCGCCCUAUUCUGCUUCACUUGCUCUCAGUAACGCUACUAUCUGAUCCAUCUGGACGACCAGCCGAUUCAGAAGAGAGAGAACAGCAAACUGGAGCACACACAUCUCGGCUCUGCGAGCAAGAGAAUUUAGCGGAGCCAAAAGAGGACGAGCCCUCAGAAAGGAUUACGUUGUCUUGAGCCAGAUUCAUUUUUUACUAACAACUUGAACUUCCUAGUUGUCUUUAAACGCCCUAUUUUUAAUUGACAGUAUCUGUCAGUUUUGUAGUUUGUAACACAUUUGGCGUGCAACAAUUUUCUUUGUUUACGAGAAGAUCGUUUUCCCUUUUGGUUCAGUUAGUCUAGUUAUCUUUCCGUUUAUUGUUUUUUAUACACGAAUCCUUGUUGUAGUUAUGACUUCAUAAAUGGAAUGUUCCUAACGGUAAACUAACUGGAAUUUGUUGAGACCUUGACAAACAUUCUUUUGUGUAUCGGGAGUGUCCGUGUCCUUGAGGUUUGGAGCUUCGUUGAAAUCAUUCUGUGGAAGGAACUGAGAAGCUUCACACAAACCUCACCUUUAACCCAAACUCGCUGACCUCUCGUAAGGACUCAAGUGGGAGAACAUUACACGAUAGUUCUUGGGAAAUGGGAUCCGAAAAGGACUCUGAAUCACCCCACUCCUCUGUUAGCGGCAUUCCCAAUCCGAAAUGCCGAGGGCCGGGCAAGAAGCAAGGCAGGAUCUCUUUUCAUAGUCUCUUCCAUGGCAAACGUGGAUCCAGGGUGAACAAGGCUAAUGUGGGAACUCCUCUUGCACAACAGCUGCACCAACAGCAACAGCUCCAGCAGCAGCAGCUUCUCCAGCCCCCCACGCCCACUAAUGUUUCAUCAGACCCCUCAAUGGCAGACCCGGCUGAACCCUUGUCCGCUAGCCAGGCCUCUCUGGGAGGUCAAGAACUCUUAGAGUGUCCCCUGUGCCUAGUGCGGCAACCUGCGGAGCAGCUUCCCGAGCUCCAGGGAUGCAGCCAUCGGUCUUGCCUGUGCUGUCUACGGCAGUACUUGCGUAUCGAGAUCACCGAGAGCCGAGUGCAGCUCAGCUGUCCAGAGUGCGCCGAACGACUUGCCCCAAGGCAGGUGGCCCUCAUCCUGGAUGAUCCCAGCCUGAUGGAGAAGUAUGAAGAGUUUCUGCUGCGCCGCUGUCUGGCAUCGGACCCUGAUUGCAGAUGGUGUCCAGCUCCAGACUGUGGGUUCGCAGUCAUUGCCUCUGGGUGUGCCAGCUGCCCCAGACUGGUGUGUCGAAGAGAAGGGUGUGGUGCUGAGUUCUGUUACCACUGCAAGCAAGUUUGGCAUCCUAACCAGACCUGUGACUCGGCCCGCCAGCAGAGGGCGCUGUCCUUGAGAACGCACAGUAACCAUUCACCCAGCUACACAGCCGAGCAGGGACACAAUGAUGACAUCAAGCCUUGCCCCCGAUGCGGCGCCUACAUCAUCAAGAUGAACGAUGGCAGCUGUAAUCACAUGACCUGUGCUGUCUGCGGCUCGGAGUUCUGCUGGCUCUGUAUGAAGGAGAUUUCAGACCUGCACUACCUCAGUCCAUCAGGUUGUACGUUCUGGGGAAAGAAGCCAUGGAGUCGCAAGAAGAAGAUUCUGUGGCAGCUGGGCACUUUGAUUGGUGCACCGGUGGGCAUCACUCUAAUCGCUGGCAUCGCAGUUCCUGCUAUGGUUAUCGGCCUUCCUGUUUACAUUGGACGCAAGAUCCACUCACACUAUGAGGGCAAGAAAACGUCCCAUCACAGGAGGAAUCUCGCUAUCACUGGUGGUGUGGCUCUGUCAGUCAUCACGGCUCCAGUCAUCGCUGCUGUCAGCGUGGCUUAA